AUGGAGAACAUCAAACAUCUGCGAAGCAAGCAAGGCGACGACGAUACGAAGCAGAAGCAGCGAGAAGGGCACAUGCUGUGCCUCAAUGCUGGCUCGUCUUCGCUCAAGCUCAAGCUCUUCGACCUUGCCCCCUCUACCUCCUCGCAGCUCGACCUGGAGCCACUGGUCAGUGGCUCGAUCAAACUUAGCGAUAGCUCGGCCAAGAUCUCGCUCACUUAUCACAAUGGUCAGCAGCACACGGACACCAAAGAUUGGACUGAUAUCGCGUCACCCCAAGUCCUACACUACCUCCUCACCACCUUGUCCUCGCUCCUCGGGCCCAACACCACCCUCAACAUUCGCACCGUCGUUCACAGAGUCGUGCACGGAGCACACCUCUCGCAGUGUGUCGCGAUCACCAGUUCGGACCAGCACCAUCUCAAAACGCUCCAAUUCCUCGCCGAAUUCGCACCGCUGCACAAUGCUGUUUGUGUGCAACUCAUCCGGUCUUGUCUCGACUCGCAACAUUUGCCGGAAGACCAUGAGAACGUUUGUUGUUUCGAUACAGUGUUUCACAGUACGAUGGAUGAAGCGAGGAGUAGGUAUAUGGUCGACCCGAGUUUAGCAGGCUCGAGUUUGCCUGGGGGGAUGGAGUUGAGGAAGUGGGGGUUUCAUGGCUUAUCCUACAGCUCGAUCUUGCAUACCUUGGCCGGCGAGUUGGGGAGGGAGAGGGAGAGUUUGAAUGUGAUUAUUUGUCAUUUGGGCAGUGGAUCGUCAAUGUGUGCGGUUAUGGGUGGCAAGAGUUUUGAUACGACGAUGGGAUUGACUCCGCUCGAAGGUUUGCCUGGUGCAACAAGAAGUGGCAGUGUAGACCCUGUUUUGCCACUACACAUAUCCGCCGCUCAACUCGGAAAGUCAGGAGAGAGCAAAGACCCGUUUAGCACAGUCGAGCUUGCUCCCGGUAUCACAGCUUCGCAUGCCGAGCUGGUGCUGAACAAACACAGCGGCUUUAAAGCAGUUGCGGGAACGAGCGAUUUCGAACAAGUCGCACAACGUCGUACCGAGUUCUUGCGAGGAAGGACCAUCUCGAAGUCGGAAGAAAAGGAGAGAGAUGCGGAUAGAGGUGCAGCACUGGCGUUUGAUAUCUUUGUCGAUCGGAUUGUCGGCUAUGUGGGCAGUUAUGCGAUCAAGAUGAGUUCCAGAGGUGGCGUCCAUGCCCUCGUUUUUAGUGGUGGAAUUGGAGAGGCGAGUAAGGAGUUGAGGGCCGAGUUGGCGAGCCAGUUGAAUCUCUCAGGUCUUUCACCCGCUUGCGAGAGUGUGUUGCAGGGCGAGCGAGAGGGUAAGAAGUGUUGGCAGUUGACGAGGCAAGAGUUGGGCUUGGCCAAGACAACCAAGACGAUGGCGACGGCUCAGAGCGUUCCUUGGUUUGUUUGCAAGACGGACGAAGAAGGUGAGAUGGCAAGACAGGUUUCUCUUGCGUCGCAGCAGGAGCAGGCGCAGUGA